UCAGUUUCUGUUCCAGAUGAUCGGGCUGAACAACGAACGUGUCUCAUUUGUGGGGACCGUGCUACAGGCUUGCACUAUGGGAUCAUCUCCUGUGAGGGCUGCAAAGGGUUUUUCAAGCGGAGCAUUUGCAACAAACGGGUUUAUCGGUGCAGUCGUGACAAGAACUGCGUCAUGUCUCGGAAGCAGAGGAACAGGUGCCAGUACUGCCGCCUGCUCAAAUGCCUUCAGAUGGGGAUGAACCGGAAGGCUAUCAGAGAAGAUGGCAUGCCUGGAGGCCGGAAUAAGAGCAUCGGGCCAGUACAGAUAUCAGAAGAAGAGAUCGAAAGGAUCAUGUCUGGGCAGGAGUUUGAAGAAGAGGCCAAUCACUGGAGCAACCAUGGUGAUAGCGACCACAGUUCCCCUGGAAACAGGGCUUCAGAGAGCAACCAGCCUUCACCAGGCUCCACACUGUCCUCCAGGUCUGUGGAACUAAAUGGAUUCAUGGCAUUCAGGGAACAGUACAUGGGAAUGUCUGUGCCUCCACAUUAUCAAUACAUACCGCACCUUUUUAGCUAUUCUGGCCACUCGCCACUUCUGCCCCCACAAGCUCGCAGCCUGGAUCCCCAGUCAUACAGUCUGAUUCACCAGCUGGUGUCAGCGGAGGACCUGGAGCCAUUGGGCACACCCAUGUUGAUCGAAGAUGGAUAUGCUGUGACACAGGCAGAGCUGUUUGCCCUGCUUUGCCGCCUGGCUGACGAGCUGCUCUUUAGGCAGAUUGCCUGGAUCAAGAAACUGCCUUUCUUCUGUGAGCUCUCAAUCAAGGAUUACACGUGCCUCUUGAGCUCUACAUGGCAGGAACUAAUCCUGCUAUCCUCCCUCACCGUUUACAGCAAGCAGAUCUUUGGGGAGCUGGCUGAUGUCACCGCCAAGUACUCACCCUCUGAUGAAGAGCUACACAGAUUUAGUGAUGAAGGGAUGGAGGUGAUCGAGCGGCUUAUCUACCUAUAUCACAAGUUCCAUCAGCUAAAGGUCAGCAACGAGGAGUAUGCUUGCAUGAAAGCAAUUAACUUCUUAAAUCAAGAUAUCAGGGGUCUGACCAGUGCUUCACAGCUGGAACAGUUGAACAAGCGCUAUUGGUACAUUUGCCAGGAUUUCACUGAAUAUAAAUAUACACAUCAGCCGAACCGCUUUCCUGAUCUCAUGAUGUGCUUACCUGAAAUUCGAUAUAUUGCAGGAAAGAUGGUGAAUGUACCCCUGGAGCAGCUGCCCCUUCUCUUUAAGGUGGUGCUGCAUUCCUGCAAGACAAGCGUGGGCAAGGAAUGACCUGUUCCCAGCGCCCUCCUCAGGCCAACCACACACAGCGCCUUGGGUGGGCAGGACAGGCUGUGCAAGAAAAGAGCCAGAGAGACCAAGAUGGAGGCUAUGGAGCAGCGUUUCCAGUUGCCUCUGUGCAAGAAGAGUUUUUGUUUGUUUGUCUGUUUUUUUAACCUCAUUUUUCUAUAUAUUUAUUUCACGACAGAGUUGAAUGUAUGGCCUUCAACAUGAUGCACAUGCUUUUGUGUGAAUGCAGCCAAUGCAUUUCCUUGCAGUUUACAGAAUGUGAAGA